AUGUCCAGAAUUAUGGAUAACAAUAAAUUGGAACAACCAUUUUUUAUUCAUCAUUUUUAUACUGGGCCGGUAACGAGUUUAUGUUUUCAUAAUAAUGAAAUAUUAUUAUCAGGCCAAGGUCCAUAUUUAAAAGUAUUUUAUGUUCCAACCGGUGAAUUAUUAAUUAAUUUUGAAGUUUUAAAAUAUUUUAGAAUUCAUAAAAUUAAACCAGUAAAACAUACAAAAAAAUUUAUUGGGCUCAUUCAAAGAUCAAUAACUCAAGAACAAAGAUUAUUUGCAAUUUGUGGAUCAAAAACAAUUCAAAUUAUUGAAAUUAAAUUUUUUUAUAAUUCGGAUAACCCACCAGAAUGUAAAAUAUCACUUAUAUCCAAAUUGUCACCAUUAAAAGAUUGGAUUCAUGAUAUUCAAUGGUUAUAUGAUGAAAAUGAUGAAAGUGAUGAAAAUAAUUUUAAAAAUCCAACAGAAUUAGCAAUGGCCUUUGCUCAUAAUUUUGUAGAAAUAUUUGAUUAUCAAACCAAAAUUUGUUUGUAUUCUGUUAAAUGCGAGGAAACUUCAAUUAUAUAUUCUGCAAGAUUUUUUGGUGAUACUAAAAAUGAUUUGAUUUUGGCUUCUGGUACUGUCUUCAAUCAAAUUCUUUUAUGGAAAAUGAUGGGUGAUAAAAACAAAAAUGGAGAUUCUUCCAUAUUCAAAAGACUUAUUGGCCAUGAAGUAAUAAUAUUUAGUGUAAGAUUCAAUAAAGAUGGAAAAUUCCUAUCAUCUGUUUCAGAUGAUAGAACUAUUCGUAUAUGGAAAACUGCAAAGGAUGAUAAUAAUCCUCCAUUGGUUCUUUAUGGUCAUAUGGCACGUGUAUGGGAUUGUUAUAUAUUGGAUGACUAUUUAAUAAGUAUUUCUGAGGCAACAGGCGGUGGAGAUUCUGGUAUUAGAUUCUGGUCUUUGAUGUCAAUUACUAAUAAUAAAAUUGAUUCUGAGCAAGACUUGAUAAAAAUUUCUUUACCAAAUAUACAAACUUAUUCCACUUGUGAUGAAAAUGUAGAUCGAAAUCAUCAUCAAUCAAGAGAAUUCUUUCGUAAUUUUGUUUUAGUGAACUAUUAUACGAUUGUUAUAUCAACUAACCAUGGGCAUGAUCAUGAGUUAAAUGAGUGGACAUCAUUGUUUCAUUCUGAAGACUUGCAAAAUUAUACCAUGAUGAAAGCCUCAAAUUGUGGCAGAGUUUUUUGUUGUGGCAGUAUUGAUGGCCAAGUAUUUGUAAUUAGUGUUAAUAAAGAAUUUAAGACAAUUAAAAGAAAAUUACAUGAGUAUAAAGUUUUUGAAAUAUUUCUAGAAGAUACUAAUGAUUCCAAUGUCUUUUAUAUAAUUUCACAUGCUGUUCAUAAUGAUAUUAUAUUAUUAAAAUUGGAUUUAAAUCAAUCCAACAAUGAUCAAGAACCAAUAUUUAAAAUAAUGUAUAGACUAUCUGUUCCACCAAGAUUUCAACUUAAAUCACUAUCACUAUAUUAUCAUUACAAUUUAUUAAUAUGUGGAUCUAGAGAAAGCGGUCUUGCAAUUUAUAGUUUAACUUCUUCUGAGUCAUCAUCACUACAACGUUUAGAAGAUAAAAAAGAUGAUGAUGCAAAAAAUAUGACUUCUACUACAACAACAAUGGAACUAUCACCUAUAAUUUAUUUACGUAAAAUCCAUGGAAAACAAGCUGUUACAUCAAUCGCAAUAAAGAUGGAAAAAGAUGGCUCUUAUAAUAAAUAUAGGUUAAGGGGCUUGAAUAUGCUUGGGAUUAAAUCUGAAAAUAUAAAUAGUCUUGAUGGAAAAGACAAUAGCGAAUAUGGGAUACCAAAGAAAAAAAGAAUCGGAAAUGGUGAAUUAUUAGUAAAGGAUAAUAAAUUGAUUAUAGAACAGGUCUAUAAGGCAAAAAUCACCAAAGGUUGGUUAGAAAAGGUUGUAUUUAUAGAUAAUGAAUUAUUCUUAUUAGGAUUUUACCGUAAAAGAUUCUUCGUCUAUAAUGAAUUUAAAAAAUUUGAGAUAUUUUCAGUAGCGUGUGGAGGAGCCCAUAGAAUAUGGCAUUUCAAAGCUAACGACAAAAAAAUGAAUAAAGCAAGUUUUAUGUUUAUAAGAAAAGAAAAUGUUUUUAUCUAUUCAAGAGAAAGAUUAACAACCAAUGAAGGAUUUAAUGAGUGUAAAUUACAAGAAGAUUUUCAUGGUAGAGAAUGUAGAAUUGUCAAAUUUUUACCAUAUCCUAUUAAAACGAAUUUUAUAAAAAACCAGGAAAUUUAUAAUGAUCCUAUAAUUUUUGCUACAGGAGCAGAAGACAACAUUCCAAAUGAAAAGGAUAAUAGAUUAAUAUGUUUAUGCAGCAUUAAGAAACAUAAAUCAGUUAUUCGAAGUUUAGAAUGGUCAUACGGUAACGAAAUUUUAUUAUUUUCUAGUGGUGCAAAUGAAGAAUUGAGAUGUUGGAAAGUGGAAAUAAGUCUUGCUAAAGUCCAAUUGACAAAUAAUCAAUAUAAAAUGCCCUUGGUAAAUAUUAAUUGCUUAGAAUGGUCAAGUUGCCCUAGUGUUAGUCAAAUUCCAGAGACAAGAAUAAUGGAUACAACUGUUUAUUCAAUCGCUCCAAACCAAGGUUUACAUUUGAUAAUAGUUGUAUAUUCAGAUUCUGUAUUAAGAAAAUUCGCUCUAAUUGAAGGCAGUAAUGAUUUGAUUAUCGUGAUUACUUCAGCAACUGAUGGAAGGAUUGCUAUUUGGGAAUUUUCAAAAAAGAUUUACAGUUUUAUAGAUUCUUAUAUCAGUAAGAAUAAUAGUAAAACAACUUUUACUAAAACCACAAAAUCAAACCCUACAACAAAAUAUUCAAAAGAUAACGAUUUUCAAAACAUUGAAGAUUUGGGUAAACCUAAUUAUUAUUACCAGGCUCAUCAAUCUGGAGUGGAUUGUUUUGAUUUUCAUCAAUUAUCAUCUUCAUCUUCAUCUCUAAAAAAUGGCCAAAUUAUUCGAUAUAUGAUAGUUAGUGGUGGUGAUGAUAAUUCUAUUAUGGUUAAGUACGUUGAUUUCUGUUUGAUUAAAAAUGAAGAUAAUAAAUUGAUGAUCAAAGAGGUAAAUGAUGAAGAUGAUGAUUUUGAUAAAUUUAAAACUCUGAAAUUUGACAAAGCACAUGCAUCAUCCAUUCAAGGUAUUUACAUUAUGAGCAAUACAAAAAUCCUUAGCACUUCUUUGGAUCAAAGGCCUUCUAUGACAUCCAAAAGUUCUUGA